GGUCGAGCCCCCAGAGAGAUGAGAUCUGAGCAUUCGCCCUCAGGUGCCGUCUCGGACCCCAAUGACGGUGGAGAAGUCGUGCUCGAAGACGCCGAGGGAAAUGAAGAGUUGGUCGAAGACGAAGACGAGGACGUAGACGCCAACGACGAACUGGGUCGCGAUCCUAUGGGUGAUUCGACAGCCAACGAGCUCACCAUUCUCGAGCAAUUCGACAAGCAAGACGUCACAGCUGUACCUUUCGAACCCGAAACCGUCACUCGCGAUGAGUAUCUCAAGCUUGGGCAGGGAGGUGCCACCAUAGCUGCUGGAAACUUUGCCGGUGUGCUCGAGGACCGCAUCAAGAUUGUCGCCGAAGCCACACAAGACGAAUUCCGUUACGCCCCCGACAUUGCCAAACGCAUGAUCAAGGGAGAGCUUGUCUCUUUCAAGGACGAGCAGGAAAAGGCUGAUGUUCUCGCAACAAUCAAGAAGGGGGGCUUUGAAUUCUCCGCCAUCCCUUCCACCAGCCAGAAUGUUAUCUUCGACAAGUUUGUCCGUGGCGCAUACCCCGACCUCGAGGCCGCGCCGCAUAAGAACAAGGUUUUGAACGAGAUCGCCCGCACCAUCUCGCGCAAUUCGACAUAUCUCAACAAGGACUCGACAAAGCUUCUUAGAAAGAUUGGUAGUCUCUUGCCUUCCGAGGCUGCUGCGCGCAAGCCCUCCGCUGCCCCCAGAAAGUGAUUGCUCUUUGGGUUGUAUAAUAGAAUGUAUCUUCUUGUAACUACCAAUUUACGACCAUCAAACACGCUCACUCGACGUCUACCAAUCCUCCUCGUCGUUUUGUCUCAUUGCCUUUGAUCUCGCUCUCAAUGCUUCUGCCAAUCCUCCCGCCAAGCCGCCUGCUGGUGGUGUAGAUGUGCCGCUGUCUGUACCGCUGCCACUACCUCCUGGCGCAGGAGGGGCUGGUUUGCGACCCGCUGGUCGCUUCGCUGGUGGAGGGGGCGGCAUCUUCUUUCCGGUUACGGCGCCGUUGGCUUUUGGUGGUGCUGGUGGCAUUGACCGCGCCUGGACCGGCGGCGGA